AUGCAGGCUUGGUUUCAGUGUUUUUCUACUCAUCUUGAGCAUUUGGGAUUUGUUGCUUCCAAGACUGAAACCUCAUUAUUCAUGUACUUUCAUGGGUCUACUACUAUCUACUUAUUGAUUUAUGUUGAUGACAUUUUAGUUACAGGGAAUAUUGGGUCUCAUUACUCAGCUAAUUCUCGAUUUGAGCCGUUAAUUUUCUACGAAAGAUCUUGGUCCCUUGCAUUACUUCUUGGGCAUGGAAGCGGUAUGGACCUCCACCGGCCUGCAUUUAUCUCAAUCCAAAUAGAUCCUGGAUCUAUUGACACGCACAAAGAUGUUAGACUGCAAACCAUUGCCAACUCCUGCUGUUGGUGGCUGUCGGUUAAGCAUAAUGGUGACCCGUUAUAUGAUGUUUUCGAGUAUCAUAGUGUGGUUGGGGCUCUUCAAUAUCUUACGUUCACAAGUCCAAACAUUGCCUUUUUUGUUAAUCAAUCUACCUCUGAUGAUGGCCUUGUAUAUAAGCCUAGUUCGUUAAGUCUUACUGCAUAUGCUGAUGCUGAUUAUGCCAGUGAUCCUGAUGAUCGUCACUCUACUGGAGGGUAUUAUGCCUAUCUUUGUGAUAAUCUUGUUUCCUAG